GAAGUCACCAAAUGGAAAAUUAUGAAUUUUAGUUGUUUGACCAUUCGCGUGUUAACGUUUCAAGAUUUGUGCAGCCCUCGCUUGGAUUGUUUACGUUUCAAAACGUCAAAAUUUCGAGCACCAGCUCCCCUCAGUUUGACCUUAGCAGACACAACGGCUUCCCCAUCUUGUCCAAAGGCGCGUCCAAAUUGCUGCGCCUGCAACAAGACCAAUAAGAUGCCAAUUCAAGCGAAAAUCGGACCGUCUAUUUUAAACGCAGACUUGGCCAAUUUGGCAGCUGAGUCUCAGAAAUUAUUAGACAAUGGCGCAGACUAUUUGCAUCUGGAUGUUAUGGACGGUGCGUUUGUGCCAAAUCUCACCUUUGGCCAUCCCAUGGUAAAAUGCUUGCGUAACCAUAUCAAGGAGGCAUUCUUUGAGACGCAUAUGAUGGUUCAGAAUCCAGAGCAGUGGAUAGCGCCUAUGGCAGAUGCAGGCGUUAAUCUGUAUACAUUUCAUGUGGAGCCCGUUAAGGACGUGUGUAAUGUUACGCGUAAAAUACAGGAGGCCGGCAUGAAAGUGGGUCUGGCCAUCAAGCCAGGCACCGAGGUAAAAGAAAUCGAGAAAUAUAUUGAUGUAGCAGAUCUAGUGCUGGUCAUGACCGUGGAGCCAGGCUUUGGCGGUCAAUCCUUCAUGGCCGACAUGAUGCCCAAAGUGGAAUGGCUGCGCAAUAACUAUCCCAAUCUGGAUAUUGAAGUGGAUGGCGGCGUCGGACCAAAGACCAUUGAUUGCUGUGCCAAGGCGGGCGCCAACUGGAUUGUAUCGGGCACUGCUGUAGUCGGCUCUGCCGAUCAGCGACAGGUCAUCAGCGAGUUGCGGAAUGUGGUCAAAAGUUACCUAAAGUGAAUCUAAAAUGCAUUUAACUAAAUAGAAUUUCUAACUUAAGUACAAAGUGAGUUUGCACUCAACAUUAACCAAAUUUCCAGAAUUUCCAAAUUUACUGUA